UGAAGUACUUCCACUCUUAAAUACGUAAAAGUAUAGGCCUAGGGAUGGAUGGUAAGAACAUUCUCUUUUGCAGAAUGGCUAUAAUAGGAUUGUGGUUUUUCACUGUCGUUCAAGCAGUAUCUGAGGACGGAGAUGUAAUUUUAGGGGGACUUUUCAAUGUUCAUCAAUUUCCUGCGGAGAAUUCAACAGGGCAGUGUGGUGAGCUUGAUACCAAAGGAUUAGGCCGGGUAAUGGCCAUGAUCUUCGCCAUUGAGACCAUCAACCAAAAUUCAAAACUACUUCCAAAUAUAACUCUUGGCUACGAUAUACGAGACUACUGCGAAAACACCACAAAGGCAAUGGAAAUGACCUUUGGGCUAAUGAAGGAUAAAACUUGCUCCAACGAAACAUGCUCGAAAAUGGAAAUGAAAAGUCCUAUAGUGGCGUUGAUCGGCUCAUUCGAGUCUCGCACAGCUCUAGCUAUCAAUGGAUUUCUUCAAAUGCUCGAGGUCCCAGCCAUAAGCGGAACAACAACAAGUCCUGAACUGAGCUCUAAUACUUAUAAAUCAUUUGUAUCGAACAGCGCCUAAGGAUGCCUUCCUGGCAAAAGCCGUC